AUGGCUCCCAAGCGGAAGAAAGUGGAGCCAGUUGUAGCAGAGCCACCUGCAGCCAAAGUCCGACGUAGUUCGAGAAAGAUCAAUGGAGUUAUCAACCAGCAGUUCGAUGACCUUCAUCAUCAAGACGAUGCACCGAAAGGAACUUUUGGCCUGGCGGGCGGCCCCAGUUUCUCGCCAGAAGCCUUCCAGCGGACAAUGAAAGAGCUUGGAGAGAUGGGGCUGAAACUUCAGAGUGCAGUAAAAAGACAACGAUUAGCUGUGGAAACCUCAGAUUUGUCCAAAUGCGAUCCUGAAAGGGUUCGAGAGGAAGCGACGAGGACCAGGCCGGCCUUGAAGAGGAGGGCAAAAGAGAGCCCCGAGGAAGCUACUGAACAAAAAGUUGUAGAGAAGCCCAAAGUCGUCGAACAGACGGAGACAGCUGAUACAUCUGAGGCAAAUGCAGAUGCGGAAACGAUCGAAAGGAGUGCCAGACGACCACCGCCUGUAAAUAGCGACGUCCUACCAUUGCCGUGGAAAGGACGUCUCGGUUAUGCUUGUCUGAAUACAUAUCUCAGAGCAGCUAACCCUCCAGUCUUUUCGUCUCGAACUUGCCGCAUUUCUUCAAUUAUCGAUCACAGAUAUCCCCUACAAGAUCCAACACAGCCUGAGCAUCCUACAAAAAACCGACCAGACAAGACAAAGCCGCCAGAUGUUCAGAGAGGGCUCAAAUUUGUACAGGAUCUGGGCCUUGCCAAUGCCAGAGACAUAGUCAAGAUGUUGAGAUGGAACGACAAAUACGGCAUAAAAUUUAUGCGGCUCAGCAGCGAAAUGUUUCCCUUUGCAAGCCACCAGGAACACGGCUAUAAACUCGCCCCAUUCGCUGCUGAUGUGCUGGCCGAGGCGGGCAAAGUGGCUGUUGAGCUAGGUCAUCGCCUUACAACACAUCCGGGACAGUAUACGCAAAUUGCCAGCCCCAGGAAAGAGGUUGUGACUGCUUCUUUCAGAGACCUCGAAUACCACGACGAGAUGCUAUCGCUGUUAACUUUGCCUGAGCAGAUGGACCGGGAUGCCGUCAUGAUUCUGCACAUGGGAGGCGUAUAUGGCGACAAGGCAGCGACUCUGGGUCGUUUCCGCGAAAACUACUCCAGGCUGACGGAAGGAGUGAAAAGGCGGCUGGUUCUGGAAAACGACGACGUUUCGUGGAGUGUUCAUGACCUUUUGCCGAUAUGUGAGGAGCUCAAUAUUCCUCUAGUCCUGGAUUAUCACCACCACAACAUCAUAUUUGACUCCAGUGUCCGUGAAGGCACUCUGGACAUUAUGAGCCUAUACGACCGCAUAGAAAAGACCUGGUCAAGAAAGAAUAUCAAGCAGAAAAUGCAUUAUAGCGAGCCGACAGCGGACGCUGUCACGCCACGAGAUCGGCGGAAACAUUCUGCACGCGUCAAGGUUCUCCCUCCAUGCAAACCAGAUAUGGACCUGAUGAUCGAGGCCAAAGACAAAGAGCAAGCCGUUUUUGAGCUCAUGAGGACGUUCAAGCUCCCUGGAUGGGACCUCUUUAACGACGUCGUCCCAUAUGAACGGGACGACGAAAUCAGUAAAGAGGCCAUUCGAGAAGCGAAAAGAGCGAUUAAAAAGAACAAAAAGAGCGACAAUGAUAAAGAAGAGAGAGAAUUAGACUCUCAAAGUACGAUAAGCCCAGAAGAUUUUGGCAUGGGAGGGCCGCAGAGCCGGGUAUAUUGGCCGUUGGGCAUGGAAGAAUGGCUACGCCCAAAGAAGCGGGAGGUCAGUAAGAAAGAGAAGGUGUCUGUAGAUGGCGAAGAGUAUACUUAA